UCUAGAAUACUGCAUACAAGCGACGAGUCCAUGCUUCGAAAAGGAGACACAUAUCCUGGAAAGAGUACAGAGAGUAGGGAUGAAAUUAAUUAGUGCUAUCUCACACCUUCCUUAUGAUAAGAGGAUGGAGCAUUUAAAUCUCUUCCCGUUAUCAUACCGAAGGAAGAGACGCGACUUAAUUUUAGCACACCGUAUACUUAAGGGUGAUUUAAGAACUAACCUUUCUAAACUUUUCUCCCCAUCUAGGAUACAUUUACGGGUCACCGCAAAAAGGUGCUCAAACCGAGGACGAUUAAAAUACAUGCAGAAUUUAGACUCUCUCACAGAGUGGUCAACGACUGGAACUCGUUACUUGAUUCAGUAGUAUCAGCUCCGUCGGUAAACGGUUUCAAAGAGAAGUUAGAUCUCUGCAGAGAUAUAUUUUGCAAGGAUUAACACAGGUCACAAGAGCCUUCUAUCCUUAUCAUCUGAAUCUGAAUCUUAUCAAAUGCUACACCAUGUUAUGUGAUGUUUUAUAUUAGCCUACUAACCCUAUAUUUAUACACCCCUUUGAAACAUCCAUACAUCCCAUGGAUUAUUCUGUACAUGACAAUAAUUGUUUUGCCACUUGACAUUUAAUCGUUAUUAUAAUCACAAAUAUUUUUAAUCGAUUUCAUCCUAGUUUUAUUUCUUGUUUUUAACCUCUUAUUGAAUUAAGUGUGGAGUUUUGUCUUCUUGGGUUUUAUCCUUUUUGUUUCCUGAUGGCUUUUCAAGAUGUAUUUGGCUUUUUAUUUGAAAUAGUGUCGUUUAGCCUUGACUAAUUCUGUGUAGAAUUUUUUAGACAUGAACUCAACGUGUGAAAGACCUGGGAUGUUGUUGUGGCACUUAUCUGUUGCUGUAUAAAAUAUGCAAUUUUUUGUAAAUGAUUGUUGGCAAUAAUUGAAUAUUUCUAUUUACUCCUAACAUUAAGCGUUUUUUCUUAAUAUAUGUGUAAAUAUGUGUAUUAUGAAAUCAAGCGUUUCUGUUUCCUUUAUGAAGUACUAUGUCUGGGACUUCCGUUCUGGGUGCAUUGCUCGGCUUUUAUGGGUAUUAACUUCCGAGCUCGAUAAGGGGGAACAAAGGGUCAUUUUACCUGAAUCACCUUAUAAUUCUAAUCUGUCACCAUUAUUACUUACAGUUUUCCGGAUUUUAAUAUUAGUCGCUAAUAAUAAUGAUGAGGUAAGAAUUUUCAGCAGUUCGUUCAUAUUUAGCAAGGAUAUGAGAGCGCCAGAACAGUACCCCGUGUUAGUCCCCUCGAUGCUGAUCUCCACCUCAUCAGUACAAAAUUAACCCUUACGUUUUGCCUCCUACCCAGUAGGUAGUUCCUAAACUGAUCAAAUUGGCACUGAUCUAAUCCAGGGAGGUUCUGGGGAACAUCCUAUCGAAUUCUGUACUUAAAUCGAUGAAAACGAUGUCUAGAGAUUAAAGAUCCAUGUCCAUUUCACACAGUGAAGCGACUUCUGGGCAAACUGAAUUAGCACCUGUCAGUGCAGUUUGUUCUGAUGCACCAUCGAAUAACACAUCACUUGAUGUCCCUCUUCAUACACUUACCCCAAUCGACGGACAAGAUGGAUUAUGUUUAACCAGACAAGAAAUCAAUCGACUCAUUCUAGAAUAUCUUGUAGUAGAAGGUUACAAAGAUGUUGCUGAGAAAUUUAGUCGUGAGACAGGAAUCGUAGAACCUUUCAAUGAAUUACAAGUUGCAGGUGCAAGCUUGGAUGAUCGUAUGUGGAUCCGUGAAGCAGUCUUAUUAAGAAAAAUUGAAGAUGUUAUCGAUGCAGUAAAUCGAUUAUGGCCUGAGCUUUUCGACAAAAAUCCUUUUAUUUAUUUCCAGCUCCGCCAACUGCAGAUGUUAGAACUUAUACGUAACAAACGUUUGGAAGAUGCACUUAUAUUCGCUCAGUCGUAUUUAGCAGAUCCAGUUGCUAAACGUUUAUCAGAACAUCCACAGUUGUUGAAUGAAAUGCAAAAUACAAUGGCACUUUUAGCUUUUGAUAAUCCAGCUGAAAGUAUCUACGGCAAGUUAUUAAGUCCUCAACACGCUGAAGUGGUUGCAGGAGCGUUAAAUCGAGCUAUUCUACGACAUAUUGAAUCAUCAGGAGAUGAAAUUGACACACCGGAGGAAGGAAAAGGCUGUGUAUCUACAAAUUCCAUGAGUUAUUCUGGUGUUUCAUCCACUGUACCACGCUUAACAAAAAUGAUGGCAAUGCUGUUACAUUUCCGUGAUUUAGCACAACUUGAACUCCCACCGGAACUAGCAUCGUUAUAGAGACAAGCAAUUGAAAGGGAUACAUUACUAUUAUUAUAUAUUUUUUCCAGCACAUUUAUGGUUAUGACAUCAAACUUUCAUGUUUUACAGGCAGCAGAAACAGCAGCUAGGAUGGUUAACUGGCAUUUUGAUUAUGCAUAUUUAUUAAAUUUAUGCUACAAAAUUGACUGUGUAUUCUCAUGAUAACAGUUCAAACAGAUGUGUGGAAUUUUAAAGUAGAUGAAAUUUUACUUUGAGAGAUUUAUUGUUUUGUUUUUUUUAGUUACAUACCUUCUGUUCUUUGACGUUUUUUUGUCUCCCAGUUGUCUAAAAGCGCUUUAGUGAAAUACUUUUCGACUCGUUACUGUGAAAUACAAAUGAUAUUUACCUUAUUCUUUUUGUUUAGUACUGAUGCAAAGUAUUAUAAUGGGUAAAAAGGAAAAUACUUGUGAUUCAGUUACCAUCAGAAAUGUGUGAAAAAUGCUGAAGUGAACAGUGAAUUUGAUGAAUGUCAAAUAGUUGCUCAUACAUAUAUUUGGAACAGUAUAGGAGUAGACUAUGACCAGUAAGUAGAGUGGUGG